AUGUAACCACCUCCUCCUCCACCUUAUGGCUAUCCUCCUGCAUAGUACCCUCCUCCUCCUGCUUAUGGAUAACCUCCAUAUCCAUAACCAGGUUAUUAACCACCACCAACUGGUUAUCCUUAUCCACCUACUCCUGGUUAUCCUCCACCAGUUGGUGGGUAUCCAUAACCAGGGUAUCCUCCUGCUCCUGGAUAUCCUCCCCCUUAACCUGGAUAUGUUCCACCUCCUAAUUAUGGAUAACCUUACCCACCUUAACCGUAAAAUAUUUGAUCAUUCUUUUAGAUACCCUGGUUAAUAUCCUGCAACAGCGAUAGUUGUUCCUUAGGGAUAAUAAUUUUACGUCGGUGGAAAUGUUCAAAUAAAAAUAAGACCCAAUUGUUAUUUGUAUUAUUUUAUUUAAACAUGAGAUGUCGAGGGACUGGAUACUAUAUGAAGAAAGGUAAGACCAAAUAAUGCAAAGAUUGUUUGUGGGCAAUGGGAAUUUGCUUAAAAUGCAACGGAACUGGAUGGCAUAAGAAGGGGAAAGUUUGCAAAUGCAAAAUGUAUAAAAUAUAUUGA